UGAUCAAUGCAUGUCAGAAGAUAAAGACAUACGUAAGAACCGUCUAGGUACGAUAGAUAAGGCCUUUCUACUUACAGACAAUUUACAAUGUGGACGUGCGUUUUAGUUAUACUGGUAACUAUCCAGAUUUAUUCCUGUAAACCAAGUUACAGAGAUUACAUUCCGAAUGGAUAUAAUGUUCCAAAUCCGUGUGUAUCCCCCGGAGUAUGGAAUGCAGUUGGACACUACAACCCAUUCCAUCAUACACUUAUAAAAAACAAGUUUGGUCGGGAUUUUACGAGUGCUUCAAAUUUUUGGAGCUUAAGCCUUUGUCGUAUGGAUUCAGAUCGAGACAAUAAAACAAACGGUGAGGAACUGGGAGAUCCCAAUUGUAUCUGGUUUGAAGGACAAACUCCAUCUCACACACCUAUGAGCCAUCCUGGUAUUUGUGAACCGGUAGGCGACCCAAAUUGCCUUAGACAACAAGGUUUUACCUGUGAUCAAAUGGAAAACAGUCCUCAUCUUAAACCAUAACACUUAUAUUUUCUACUACAAAUUAAUCGAUGUCAUGUUCCUGGUUUUCAAAUA